GCGCUGCAUUUAAGUGAAAGUUAUGUAUGGAUGAAAAAAGACGUUUGACUAAUUUAGAAAUCCACAAAAUUUAUAUUAACUACUUUUUGCAUCUCAUUUAAACACUGGUGUUUUCCCACAGUUGACAAUACCGAAUUUAAAUGCCGCCAUUAAAUUCGUAAAAAGAACUAUUUGUUGUUUGUGUGCGUUGUGGAGGAAUUUUAUCAGUCACGUGCUGCCAUAAGGCGAAUUGUCCAGUUGGCUACAAGUAUGGAGUGCAUGUUACAGAUAAAUCAUGUUUGUUGGGGAAAGGCUAACAUCAUCGGCGAUACUGUCUGUAGUUACAAGUGUACGAAAAACAUGUAACAUCAGUGGUGCGAAGAAGAAGUUGACAUCAGAAUGACGAUCACUUACUCUCUGGAAGUCUCCAGCGCUCGAUUCUGUGGCUUCACCAACUUGUUGUUAAGAUGGAAAGGGAGUAUCUACAAAUUUCUUUGGAGAGAAGUAAUAAUUUUCUUAGUGUGUUAUUAUGCUCUUAGUGCACUGUAUCGGUACAUUUUGAGAGGAGCAGAAAAAAGGGUGUUCGAAGAAAUAUCUGUAUACUGUGCUGCUUUUACGGAUCUCAUUCCCCUCUCUUUCGUUUUGGCUUUCUAUGUUUCUCAAGUUGUGGCACGAUGGUGGGCUCAAUACGAAGCAAUUCCUUGGCCAGAUAGAACGGCCCUGAUGAUAGGAAGUUUUGUUCAUGGUGCUGAUGAACGGAGUAGGAUGAUAAGAAGAACUCUAGGCCGUUAUUUAAUAUUGAUGCAGGUUCUCACUUUCCAAGCUGUGAGUACAGCUAUCAAGAAGCGUCUGCCAACAGAGGAUCACCUAUUAGAAGCAGGUCUAAUGACUGAAGAAGAAAAGAAACAGUAUGAUAAGUUAAAGAACCAACUAAGUACAAAAUGGUGGCUUCCUGCUCAGUGGUUCUCAGCUCUAACAGUAAGAGCUCGAAAAGAAAGGCGUAUUAAGGAUUCCAUUCAAAUGCAAGCUCUACUAAAUGAAAUGCUGAUGUUCCGAGGAUUGUGUGGUACAAUGUUAAGUUAUGAUUGGAUAAGUUUGCCUUUAGCUUAUACACAGGUUGUUACCAUAGCAACGUACACAUAUUUUGUGGCUCAGAUUAUGGGUCGGCAGUAUUUGGAUCCUGAAUUGGGCUACACGGGUUAUGUUAUUGACCAAUAUGUUCCUGUUUUCACACUGCUACAGUUUUUUUUCUAUGUUGGAUGGCUAAAGGUGGCAGAAGAGUUAAUUAAUCCAUAUGGAGAAGAUGAUGAUGAUUUUGAACUAAACUGGACUCUGGAAAGAAACAUACAGAUUGUUUUUCUUAUUGUUGAUCACCUUCAUUCUCAACAUCCAAGGCUAAAACGUGAUUUCUUCUGGGAUGAAUUAGAACCUCAUCUUCCUCAUACCAAAGUUUCACAGUUAAACAACCGAUUGUAUAAUCCUCAGAUUGGUUCUGCUGCUAACCUUGAGUUUGGUUCUUCUGAUGCAACAUUUCUACCCCUUGAAACAACCAUUGAGCAAGAUAGACAAGAAAAUGUUUAUAAUACUCCAACAAUAGAGCUUGGUGGACCACCUAAUUUUUUUCGAGACAUCUUAGGUGGGAGUUUGCGCUUUAGUAUUAAUCGAAGAAGUAGUAAAUUAAGCAGUUCAGAAGAUAAUACUAAGUUACUAAACAGUGAGAAGACUGGCAAGGGAGGUCUACGACAUGCAACAAAGACAACUUCUCCAAAACAACAUGGUAUUCCUAGUGGCCAUUAUGGUAGUACAAAAGCCACUUCAAGUGGUCUUACAGCUCCCUUACGUACACCAUUUAUCCUAAAGUACCCUUUUAGUAAUCUAAGUCAAAGAAGAAACAAACUAAACAGGUUUAAGAAUCAAAAUAAAAGAUUUGAAACAAGUGACUCCGACAUGACAAGUAGUUUUGACAACUCUGUACCUCGUCUUUUAAUGAGACAGGGUACAUCUUUUGCUGGACCAAAUGCACUUAAUGUAUCAAAACCAUAUUUUACUAAUGCACAGAGUUAUACAUCUGACAGCAUUUGUAUUCCUAAACCAUCAGACAGUUUAAUGGUACCUACAUUGUCUGGACCAAACUCACCUAUGCCUUCGAUUCCAGAAGAAUCAUCUAAUGCUAUUUGUUUUGAUGACAGUAAAAGCUUGUUAAUGCCUGUAAUACUAGAGGAGACAUCUAGUAAACUAACACAUACAGAAGUGACACCAAUUCUGGAGGAAAAUUCUAGUUCAGAAACUGUUAUUUUAUUAGAACAGGGAACCUGUAAGCCAUCAGAAGACAGUGAUAACUCUUCUAUAAAACACAAUUCUCCUGGUGAAGCAAAUACUUCGGAAAGUGAUGAAACAAAAGCAUCAAAUUCUGACACUUACAAUAGUGAUUCUGAUAUUUCACGUGUUAGGAAAAGAAGUCCUGUGGAUUCUACCAUGUAUGAAUCCUGUUGCUCAGUAGGUUCAGACAGUUCAGACUCUGAUGGUAAGAAAAUGGCAGAAAAUAAAAAAAGUAAAAAAGGUAAAGGGCACAGCAAAAAUGACAACUAUUGACAACUAUUUCAGGUAUACUUAUGACUUAUUGGACUGAAACUAUAAAAAGAAUGUGUGUCAUUAAAGUCUAAAUAUUCCAUUACAAAAAAAGGGGAGGAUGGGCAUGAAAAUGUGGUUUUAGUGAAGGUAAGUAAUGUUGAUUGCAUUAUCUGUUAUAAAUAAUAGAAAAAGGCAUGUUGUACACACCAUGUUGAUGGUAAUACACUUCAAAGUUGUGGUUUAACAUGGCAGGAAUAGAGAAAGUUACAGAACCUAAUUUGAAAUGCUCUCUUUGAAGUAUAGAAAUGAUACAUGCAUGUGGAGAUGUUAGAAUGUGAAGUAUGAACUGGAUGCUCAACAGAGGAUCUGGACUUUAUAGUGUAUAGAUGCUGCUCAUGUUGCAUUAGUUUUAUUAUAUUUGGGAUUCAACCAUCUGCAGGACACAUUCAUGCCCUUCAAGUGCCACACAAGAAGUGUAUAUUUGAUGCAGCUGAUUAAGACUGAUAUUUUGUUUCAAGUGAAUAUCAUGUAAUGAACUAAUAUUUUUGUCUGCCAAUUCUUUUGUAUUGGCUGGCAUAUUGUAAUAUGAUGGCAUAACUGUCUCUAUCUGUCACCAUCUUUUUUAUCUGCCAUUGUAUAUUCAUCCAAACGUGAUGUGAAAUAUGUUAGGCUUUAAUUGACAUCCAUCCUUCAAUGAGUAGUGUAUCUUUGCACAAGACACAAUGAGGAGAAUAAAUUUGUAGUACAGUUUUAAGAUCCUUAAGCAUGGUUCUAUAUUGUUGAACAUUUUCUUCUUAAUUUGUGGCCAGAUUAACUGAAUAUAUAUAUAUAUAUAUAUAUAUAUAUAUAUACUUUUUCACAUAAAUUUGUUAUUUAGUAAUAGAACCUCAGUCUUUGUAAGAAAUAUUUUGUAAAUACAUUUGUCUGAUCUACAUUUUGUUACUGUUGAUGCACUUUUAUAAAGACUAACAGUUGUAAAUAAAGCUCUAAAAAUAUAUAUAUUUUACUCUAUAACCUAAAAAAUGUGCAUAAAUUUUGUGGUAUAUAUGCUUAUA